ACUUUUGGCUAUCGGAGCACAUUUCCCCCACCAUAACGCAGAUAGAAUUGUAGGAUUAGCUGCAAUCUGUUACUCGGACAAAUUGCCUCUCGCUCUACAGCACACCUGAUGAAAGCGUUGUUAAUUUGGCCAGUAGUUGAGGUCAAGCUACUAAUUUCAGAACUGCUUCAGUGCUUCGAUCCUCUAAGCAUUUUCAAUCUCGUCGAGAACAAUCUUCCACACGCCCUCGUCUCUUCUUAUCAACAACACUUGUCGCAGUGGGAAGAUCAUUCUCUGGCUCCCAUUGUUGAUUUUCUCCAAGAUUUUGCCUCUGCCAACGAACAAGGAUGGUCUAUUAUAUGUGACUGUGGCUGCCUGGAUUUUCUGCUUCAUCUAUACCUGUCCGAUUUCAAAGACCUAGCAAGGUCUUUCAACAAAUCUAGCGUCUCCGCUACCUGCACUUCCUUUCUGUUAGCAGCAAUGGCGAAUGAGUCUGCAUACAGAGCGUUUCAGUCGCAUGCCCUUUGUAGCUUGUGGGCUCUAUGGCCUAUGCUUGCACUCAAAACACCUGACCAAACCCGAUGCUCCCAGCGUCGUCAGGUAUGGGCAACUAUGGGAAUGACCGAAAUCCGAUGGCGAAUAAGCUCUAUCUUUGAUACAUUGGUGUUGGAAUGGGAUAGUUCGUCACUGACAAAACUUCGCGUCACACUCAACGAGCCUUCCCUGUUUGACCUACUUAUUGAUUUAUUAGAGUUUUCUGGGUCACCUCAACUGGACGAUGAGAUAUCCUUUCGAGCCCUCAGGUCGUUACAUCGACUUUGGACCCGUAUCCUUACAACAGAGGCUAAUUGGGGACUGGAGAAGUACAUUGAGGAAACUCCUCACGACUACGCUCGAGAUAUCUUCAUUCGGUUCAUUCGUCAACUCCAUCUACUUUCAGCUCGAGUUCCAGAGUCCGAUGCAUUUUUCGACCCUUGUCAUGAAAGGUGCCAGGCAAAGGGUUGCCCACUUGAACUAGACGCUGUUAUACACUUCGUUCACCGCCUUUCGAGAGCUUCAAGAAAAAACCACAUCCUUCGCCAGUGGCUCAUUGAAGGUGAUAUCGUCAGACUCCUGGAUUCGACAUUUUCACGUUUGUCCGAACUCGGAGCGUUGAGCUUGGAUGUCAAUGUUACAGAUGGCAGUGAUUAUUCUAGCGACAACAGUGUCAGUGGACCUCGUUAUCGGACUCUCGUGCUUUCGUUAGCUUGGCGUCUUUUUAACGAAGAACCCCAAGGUGACGGGAAUGGGUCUAUACCUGAAUAUCAGUCCUCCGCGUCAUGGUUCUUUUCUAAACAAAAACCCCCUCCUGACUGGGACGAUCUUAGUUUCCCAAUGCAGCAUCACGAUAAUUGGGCGGACGACCUAAUGAGUGCUUCUGUAUACCAUCGAAAGGAGCAAGAACACAAGGAUUGUGUCUACUCAUGGAUAAAGUAGUUCUUCGGUACUACAUACAUAUUUCAAAUGCAGGCGUACUUAUAAUUACAAUAAAUAGCUUAUGCACAUACAUAUCCUUUGAAUGAGAUACA